CGUCUCCGUUCCCGUCCACUCCAAACUCGGUCCGCCUCUACCAGAACCCGGUGACGAUAUCGCAUCUUGCGGGGUCUACAUAGGAACCUGUCACCCAUCAUCUGUUAAUUGUCAAAGACAUCAUCUCGCAAUCGUCUCUUAUUCACAAUGUCGCUGUCCAGCUGUUGCACUACCGGCUUUCGCUGGGAAGGCACCCCCAAGGGCAAGGAGACCACACUCGGCGACAACAAAGCUUAUGUGACGGGCUCGAACAAGGACGCCGCAGUACUGAUUGUCCAUGACGUCUGGGGUUGGACCUUAAACAAUGCUCGAAUUUUGGCUGAUCACUAUGCCGAGGAGGCCGACGUGACGGUUUAUCUGCCUGAUUUCUUUGGCGGUGAGGUCGUCGAUCUCGAUGCACUUGGACCGCCAAAGGAAGGUGCCAAACCAUUCGACCUUGGAGCCUUUAUAGGUCGGAACAGCAAGGAUAUUCGAAAACCAGAGAUUUUCGCUGCUGCGACCAAGCUCAAGAAGGAACUCGGUUACAAGAAGGUCGGCGCCAUUGGAUUCUGUUAUGGUGGCUGGGCCGUCUUUCAGCUUGCAGCUAAGGGUAAGCUGUCCCAAUGGUCGCUACGCACUAUGUAUCAAGUCACCGCUUUACUGACAGAUUUGGUGUCUGAUAAAGGCAAUGAUCUCGUGGACUGCAUCUCCACGGCGCAUCCAUCCCUUCUUGAGAAACCUGAAAUCGACGCGGUCAACAAGCCCUUCCAACUGAUCAUACCAGAAACCGAUCCUCAAUUCACCAAGGAACUAGCAGACCACUAUUUCCAGGUUUUGCCAUCAUUGAAGCUCGACUCCGACUACCGCUAUUUCCCUGGUUUGGUCCAUGGCUUUGCGACCAGGGGAGACACGAGCGAUCCGGUUCAGAAGGAGGGCUUGGAACGAGCAAAGGAUGCAGCCGUGAGCUGGUUCAAGCAGUAUCUGCAUUAGACUGCGAAUACACUCACAUGAUGUGCCGGCUGCUGGUGUCUAGCGCUUUCGACCAUGAGAUACUUCGUGCUUGAUGGGUAUGA